AUGGAUAACUCAAAUAGGACGUUAGAAGAUUUAUUAAACUUGACAGACACAGAGGAAUCGACCUCGUCCAAUUCCGGAAUUUACGAAUCUAAUCAACCAUUUGUACUAGAACUUCACGAGAUCAAGAAAGACGAGCCUCAGAGCGAGAAGACCGAGAAGACUCCACCGACUGAUUUGAGGAUUAAGAAGAGAAGGAAGAAACGUGCGCAGCCCACCGUUGACAAGAGCAGCACCUCUGCGUCAAGCCUGUCGGAUAGCACCCCCAAAGUCGAGGAUCUUGGAAAGGAGGAGUUUUAUGACGCGAACGCUAGUUUACAUGAUAUACCAGAUAACCAAGCAAAGCCCGCGGCGACAGUCGCCUUGGCCCAAGCACAUUCGGAACACGGUCAAGAUCCAAAGACAGAUCAAAUUACCACAAGUCAAAGAACAUCCGCCAGCCCUCCCCAACCAUCUGCUGUUACGAAACCGGUAGUGCCUCCAGAUGCAAAGCAAUAA